GAAGUAUCUCUCUUCGAAGCAAUUUCGAAUUUUGUGUGUGUUUUGAAUUAACAAAAAGAUGAGCUUUCAGGAUUUGGAAGCAGGGAAGCCAUUGAAACCACCGCAACAGAGGGAUUUGAUCAACGGCAAGAGAGAUGAAACACAAGCGGUGGCUUCCGGUAUCUUUCGGAUCAAAACGGCGGUUUGUAGUUUUCAGUGGCUUGUUCAUAACCUCGGCACGCCUGAUGAUACGCCGGAGCUUCGUCACAAGCUGCACAAGAAAAGAUUAGAAAUUGUGAACUUGGUAAAAGACACUUCGGCUAAACUUAAGGAAGCUAGUGAAACCGAUCAUCGUAGCGAUGUUGCUCUAAGUAAGAAGAUUGAAGAUGCUAAACUCGCUAGGGACUUUGACACAGUGUUGAAGGAGUUUCAGAAGACACAGCAUAUUGCAGCUGAAAGGGAAACUACUUACACUCCUUUCGAUCCAAAAAACAACCUUUCUUCAAGUGAGGUAGACAUUGGCUAUAAUAGAUCACAAAAGCAGCGUGUCCUCAAGAAAUCUAAAAGGCAAGAAGUUGUAUUUCUUGACAACGAAAUUUCCUUCAACGAAGCGGUGAUAGAGGAAAUAGAACAGGGGAUACAGGAAGUUCAGCAGCAGAUUGGUGAAAUAAUCGAGGUGUUCAAAGAUCUUGCGGUGUUGGUUAACUAUCAAGGAACCACGAUGGAUGAUAUGGGUAGCCAUGUGGAGAAUGCAUAUUCAGCAACAGCUCAGGGAAAGUCCCAUCUCGUGACAGCGUCCAAGGCACAACGAUCAAAGUCAUCCUUGAUGUGUUUGCUAAUGGUGAUAUUUGGGAUCGCUCUUGUCAUUGUUAUCAUAUUACUAGUAGCUUGAGAUGGCUAGAAGAAAUACAAUUGUGGUCGUACAUUCGAGUAAUGUAACAAUACAACUUCGUUAUUACAUUUUUACUUGAUUUAGUUCAUAUGUUCAAACUUGAAAUUUUCUAAUAUGAUUUUAGGAAAAAUCA